AUGCAAAGCUUUCCCCUGAUCGAAAGUGAAGCCAGUGUCAACCCCAAUCAGGUUGACAUCGAUUCAUUUUUAUCCGAAGAAACUGGCGCGACUCAUAUUCGAAGAAGACAUAGUCCAUCACUGAAGUUGGCGAACCAAACCUUCACUAUCGAAGAAGAAACACAUGGCGCUUUCUGUGGUGACGCGGGCAACAAACCCAAUGACCACUACAAGUCUCGCCUAUCUCCCAUGCGAUACGCAAUUCGGAGCUGGUGUCUUCCCAUUGUCCGGAAGGAAACUCAAAUCUUGGCAGAUCUUCAGGUUAAAAUGAGGAGACCAUUCUUGGACUUUUACUUUGCAUGGACGGCAAACUUAGCGUCACAUACAUUUUAUGUGCUCAUGCUCCCGCCGCUGUUCUGGUUUGGGGCUUCGAAGAUGGGGAGAGACCUCGUGGCUGUCUUGGGGUUGGGCAUCUAUGUUACAGGUUUCUUUAAGGACUAUUUGUGCUUGCCCAGACCUCGGUCUCCGCCACUACAUCGAAUCACACUUCUGGCAUACACUGCUGAGGAAUAUGGCUGGCCCUCCUCUCACUCUGCAAAUGCAACUGCGGUAUCCCUUGUAUUAGUCUUUCAAUUAUGGCAAUUGAAAGCGUCAAUGGAUCCAUUUAAAUUUUACGGAUUACUAUCGCUUUUGUUUGUCUACUACUUCUCGCUUAUUUUCGGCAGAUUGUAUUGCGGAAUGCAUGGCUUCUUAGAUGUGGUUACAGGAGCACUUAUCGGUGUUGCAGUUUUCCUCUUCCGCCAUCUCUAUGGUCAAUUGUAUGAUGAGUUCAUGCUACAAUCUAUCCUGAGAAAUUCAUCCUAUCUUGGUAUUGCCAUAACCAUUUUCAUGAUCAUUGCAGGCCAUCUCUUUCUAAUUCAUAUUUAUCCAGAACCGGUCGAUGACUGUCCGUGCUUUGACGAUUCAGUCGCGUUCAUGGGCGUUUUGAUUGGUAUUGAUUUGUCUCACUACAUGUGUGUACUCACAGGCUAUUUCACUUCGAAAAAUGUCUAUGGCGACCCUAUGCUUAUCCCAUUUUCUCAAGACUGCGGGCCUUUGAUCAUACUAGGAAGGUUUUUACUAGGCGUCGGUCUCGUGGUCAUUUGGAAAACAGUUCUGAAGCCAAUUGUGUUCACCCUCCUUCCCCCAAUCUACAAAUUUCUAGGUGUAAAUCUUCCCAGAAGUCACUUCAUUUCCACAGCUCACACAACUAAACCAACGAGUCUCAUCCGUCGUCAAUCUCUUUCCAACAUGAAAAAUGAACCAAUGGCAGAGAUUGAGCAAGUUCUUGAAAGUGUUUCAAAGUCUGAGACCGAUAGCGUGGGACCUCAAGGCGACAUCGAUGCAUACGAAUUACUAGACUAUCAGUCCAAGAACAGUCAAAGCCAAAUACCGGUCAAAAUCAGCGGUGUAUUUCGUCCGCGUUACGAUGUUGAAAUUAUUGGCCGCAUUAUUAUUUACGCUGGCAUUUCGACAUUCACUGUGUGGGGAUUAGGGUAUGGGGUAAUUAUUCUUAACAUGAUUUGA